AUGAAAACUGUGGAUCCUCUUUGCAGCCUGAAGCUGGAAUGUGAGAAGCUGGUGAGCGAGAAGACGGAGAUGCAGAGACAUUAUAUCAUGUACUAUGAGAUGUCCUACGGACUGAACAUUGAAAUGCACAAGCAGGCAGAGAUUGUCAAGCGGCUGAGUGCCAUCUGUGCCCAGAUUAUACCUUUUCUGACGCAGGAGCACCAGCAGCAGGUCCUGCAGGCUGUGGAGAGGGCCAAGCAGGUGACCAUGGGGGAGCUGAACAGCAUCGUUGGGGUGAGGCUGGUCCCUGGGCUCUCUCCUCCCGGAUCCAGGACCAUACAGCAGCAGCUUCAGCACCUCUCCCACCACGCAUCCCCCAUCCCGCUGACACCCCACCCCUCCAGCAUGCAGCCUUCUAGCCUGAGCGGGCUCGGCAGCACCGCGGGGCUCCUGGCCCUCUCAGGGGCAUUGAUGGCACAGGCUCAGCUGGCUGCCAAGGACAGAGUGGCCCAGGAUGGGGAGCACAGAGUGUGUGACGGUCUCCCCUCCACAAGGCAGCUGGGAGGGCACGAGAUCCUCGACACAGAGAAACUGUCUAUUUACACCCAGGUUUACACCAGUGACCCCUCUCCUCCUCACCCGGGUACUUGGGGUACAACCUCUGCAUUAACAGCCUCUUCCUCUCUUCUCCUCUCUUCUCCCUUGCCAACACGGACCUGCCCGGACGCUCUCCCUGCUGCCACCCGGGCCCCAGAGCGCACCCCAAGUCGGAGCGUUUCUGCUUCCCCUCCCGAGAGCCUGCAGGACGAGGAGCAGCCGGGCGGCACCGGGCUGAAGCGGAAGCGGGAGGAGAAGGACCUGCCUGGGCAUUAUGAUAGUGACGGGGACAAGAGUGACUACAACCUGGUGGUGGAUGAG